AUGUCUACCAACGAUAAGAAACAGACUGGUCUUGCCCGUUUGCUUGGAUCUGCCUCUGCAGGUAUGCUCGAGAUUGGUGUUUUCCACCCAGUGGAUACCAUCUCGAAGAGAUUAAUGACGAAUCACACCAAGAUUCUCAACACAACUGAAUUGAACCGUGUUAUUUUCCGUGAACACUACCAGGUGCCUCUCUCCAAACGUGUUUUCACACUUUUCCCGGGUCUUGGGUAUGCAGCAUGCUACAAAGUCCUUCAAAGAGUUUACAAAUACGGUGGUCAACCAUUUGUCAAUGAAUUUUUGAACAAAAACUACAAGGCAGAUUUUGACAAUGCUUUUGGUUCCAAGACCGGUAAGGCAUUGAGAUCCGCUACCGCAGGUUCUCUAAUUGGUAUUGGUGAAGUUUUCCUAUUACCAUUGGACGUUUUGAAGAUCAAAAGACAGACAAAUCCAGAAGCAUUCAGAGGCAGAGGAUUCUUAGGAAUUUUGAAGGAUGAAGGUCUUUUCAACCUUUACAGAGGUUGGGGUUGGACUAUGGCAAGAAAUGCCCCCGGUUCAUUUGCCCUAUUCGGUGGUAAUGCUUUUGCAAAGGAAUACGUCCUAGGUAUCAAGGAUUAUUCCCAAGCAACCUUUGCCCAAAAUUUUGUCUCUUCCAUUUGUGGUGCAUGCGCAUCUCUGGUGGUUUCAGCUCCAUUAGAUGUGAUUAAGACUAGAAUUCAGAACAGAAGUUUCGAUAACCCAGAAACUGGUAUUACCAUCUUGAAGAACACUUUGAAAAACGAAGGUAUUACAGCUUUCUUUAAGGGUUUGACUCCAAAAUUGUUAACUACUGGUCCAAAAUUGGUUUUCUCAUUUGCUCUAGCCCAAUCUUUUAUCCCUAUGUUUGAUAGACUAUUACAGAAGAACUGA